GAAGACUGUCACGCAGGCGCACUGCCUUCCCGAUCCCAGGCGGUGUGGCCUUCGCCGGUUCCCAGUGCGCUUUCGGAAGGACACCAUAGGAGGGAAUGGCUGCUGUGUCUCCACCUACUAGAUGCCAGCCAUCGGUGACAUUUGAGGAUGUGGCCGUGACUUUCACAGAUGAAGAGUGGAGGCAUCUGCUCCCUGUGCAGAGGGCGCUCUACCAGGCUGUGAUGCUGGAAAACUAUGAGAACAUCAUCUCACUGGGGCUUCCUGUUCCUCGACCUGACGUGACUCUUCAGUUUCUUCAGUUGACGACAAGGGACGAGCCAUGGACACAGGGUCUUCAUGGAUGUGAGGAGAAAGAAUGGACAGACAGUGUCUCUCUAGACUGGGAGCCUAAGCCUGAGAUCCUAGAUGCUUCAGCAGGAACCCCGAGAGACAGCCAUAGAAGGCAAAGUCCUGUGUGCCCUAAACCAGAAGUUCAGACACUAGCAGGUGGGCUGGAACCAGCAAAGGAAAAUCCUGCAGCAGAGACUUGCAAGAAACGUCUUUCCUUAAACAGAAGCUUGCAGAGAAGGCCAGCCCCAUCCAAGAAAGCCCUCGCUAAACACCAAGACCAAGAAUGUAGUGACUGCGGGAAGACCUUCUUUGACCAUUCGUCACUCAUGCGUCACCAGAGAACUCACACUGGAGAGAAGCCUUAUGGCUGUCCUGAGUGUGGGAAGGCCUUCAGUCACAGGACCAGUCUCAGCAGACAUCUGAUGUCGCACACAGGGGAGAGCCCUUAUGAGUGCAGCGCCUGUGGCAAAGCCUUCUUUGACCGGUCGUCCCUCACUGUGCAUCAGCGGGUGCACACGGGAGAGAAGCCUUUCAAAUGCAGUGAGUGUGGCAAAGCCUUCUUUGACCGGUCAUCCCUUACCCGCCACCAAAGAAUCCAUACCGGGGAGAGUCCCUACGAAUGUCAGCAGUGUGGCAAAGCCUUUAGCCAGAAGAGCAUUCUCACUCGGCACCAGCUGAUCCACACUGGCAGGAAACCAUAUAAAUGCAGUGAGUGCGGAAGAGCGUUCUACGGGGUCUCCUCCUUAAACAGACACCAGAAGGCACAUGUCGGGGAGCCACACCAUCAGUGCGAUGAGUGUGGCAAAGCUUUCUUUGAACGCUCUUCUCUCACAAAGCACCAGAGGAUACACACUGGAGAGAAGCCAUAUGAGUGCAGUGAGUGUGGGAAAGCCUUCAGCCAGAAGUGCCGGCUCACACUACAUCAGAGAGUUCACACAGGGGAGAAACCCUUUGAGUGUAGUGUGUGUGGAAAAGAGUUCAGCUUCAAGUCCUCAGUCAUUCAGCAUCAGAGACGUUAUGCCAAACAAGGGACAGACUGACCAAGGAGAAGUGUGAGCUAGACCAAGGGCCUUCCAUAAACGUGAUAGGUCUCCAUGUCAUCUACAGACCCAGCAUUUGCUCCUGCUGCCUACUGUAGCUGCUGUCCUGUCUUACCUCUGCUCCACAGCAUCUGAGUAAUCAAUGAUCCUGCUGUGCUACAGAACUAGUGUGCAGUGCAGAAGCUAAAACCUGAAUCCAGAUUGAAAAUCAUGGGCAGAGCUGGCUGUAGCUCAGAGCUAGAAUAGUGCCUAGUAUACACGAGGCCCUGCUCCUCGACCCCAGCAGUGCACAAGGUACUUGGAGAGACUGGCAGCAACAGGGUAUGUGUUAGGAGGGGAGCCCACAGACAUAACUCUAUGAGAACAUAGGCCCGUUGUCACUGCACUGAACUAGAUGCAGACUAUUACAGGAGGGGAAUGUCACAGUUAUUAGAAAAACCAUUUUCUCCAGAAGUUUCUAUAGUUCUAGUCCCUGUGAAGCUUUUUGGCAUACAGACAUAGUUGUCUUGUGCCCUAGCAUUUAGCCCUCCUGGCAGUAGUAGUAGUAGUGCUAACACUUAUUAAGAGCUUAUCCUGGGGUAAACACUCAGCAGAGAAUUUCAGCAGGGAGAGAUUGACUGAUCCUCUAAUGAGUCUUCUUGCUGUCUUUCACAGAUGAGCACCAUGAGGUUUCAAGAGAUUAAGGAAUACAUUCUGGGUGACACAAGGUAAAGCCAGGUGUCUUAGUUACUGUUCUAUUACUGUGUAGAGUCAUUGUGACCAGAGCAACUUAUAAAAGGAUUAAUUAUUAAUUAAUUAAUUAGGGGCUUGCUUACAGUUCCAGAGAGUGAGUCUGUGGCAGGAGCGUGACAACACAUAGGUAAGCGUGGAGCUGGAGCAGUAGCUGAGAGCUUACAUCUGAUCCACAAGUACUCAGCCUAGAGAUUGGGAGAGACAGACAGACACACUGGUCUUGGCAUGGGCUUUGGAAAUUUCAAAGCCCAUCCUCA